CGCAGCAGCCGCGCGUCCAUUCAUCUCGCGCGCGCCGCAAACUCGGCUCCAUCUCCACGGGGAGCGCCUCGGCUCCAUCUCCACAGGGAGCGCCUCGGCUCCAUCUCCACGGGGAGCGCCUCGGCUCCAUCUCCACGGGGAGCGGCGCGGCUCCAUCUCCACGUGGAUCGUGCCGUCUCUACGCGUGGGUUUGAGCAAGGGGUCGAGCGAGCAUGGCAAAUAGCACGGGAUCCCAAUUGCUUCUGUGGACGGAAUCGCUGUUCCCUCGAUUCUUGUUCCAUAAAUCCUUCUAUGGACGAGCACACGCCCAGGAUAACCGGAUUUUGCCAUGACACACCUUUCUUCACAUCAUCAUAAUUUAUCUUCUCCGUAUCUCACGAGGUCACUCCUUCACAGAACCGUAGUUUAUUUUCUCGACAUCUCACCAGUUCAUCCCUGCGCUUUGCAGCUCCGCGUCGCGCUCCAAACUCGGCUCCAUCUCCACGAGACUCGUCCCGUCUCCCCGCGCCUCGAGUGGCCACGGGGAGCCGCUCGCUCUGCGCGCGCUGCCUCCGCGCUGCUGCUGCUGCGCUCCGCGGGUUCACGCGCUCGAGGAGGGGGGGUACCCGCAUCUCGGCUGCCCGCGCCGCUCAGGGCCGCGAGGUAAGGAGCGCGGCGUCGCGCUCAUCACAGCGGGACGAUCCGGGGUGGGGGGGGGGGGGAACCCCAGGACCCCCAGGACCUCAGCAACUUGGGACCCUGCGACGGGGACCCGAGCAGGGUUCGGGCGGAGGAACUGGGAUUUCGCGUGUUCGUUCGUUCGGAGGAAGUCGACGAGGAGGAGGACGAGGAGGGGACCGUGACGACAACCGAGACAAGGGAGGGGGUCACUGAGGGUCAGUGUUUUCAGGACCAGGGUCUCUCCCCACCCCGCCCCCCCCACUCGAGGGGGGGUGGGGGUGAUCGAGGGUGGGGGGAGAGGAGUUCGUGGCGCCAUGCGAGGGUCGCGCUGGCUCCUCGCCCGCCUCGUCCCGCUGCUUUUGGGGGUCGCGGCGGCGAGGGGGCCCAGCGCGUGGGCCCCCAACGGAGGCGCCGCUUCGGCCCCGCGGCCCCCCGGUGCCACGGCGGAGCCGUCGCCGCCGCGUAAGCAGACGCCGGAGCAGUGCCGCGGCUACUACGACGUGAUGGGCCAGUUCGACCCCCCGUUCGUGUGCCACAUGCCUCCCUACUUCAUCUGCUGCGGCUCGUGCGGGUUCCGCUACUGCUGCAAGGAGCCGAGCGCGCGCCUCAACCAGACGCAGUGCGUCAAGAACGAGACCCCGCGCCUCGCCAACGACUCCACGGGGCCCCCAGACGUCGUGGGGCCCUUCGGCCCGACGCGCGACAAGACGCACAUGGUGGUGUACUCGGUGUGCGGCAUCGUCGCCUUCAUGCUGCUGGCGGGCAUCUUCACCGACGUCGGCCUCUACAAGCCCGCGGGGGGGCUGCUGCCCGCGCAGCCCCCUGGGGAGCCGGGCGGACACUGCAGGCUGCUGGACGUGUCUGCACGCCAAGAGAGUGGACUGGCGCUGCCCACGGACAGCGGCUCCACCCCGGGGUUCCCCUCCAUGCUGCCCCCCCGGGCCUCCUCCAUGGAGGCCGGGUUCAUGCACGGAGCGAGGCCCAGCCUGGAUCAGCCCCAGCUCAAGACCAUCUUUCAUUCACAGCCGCACCUGGCCUCGGAAGCUCCGCCCACCUACGAGGCAGCCAAUCAGGCAGAGGGAGGCCGACAUCCCUCCCUUCCGAAACGAAUUGAGAAGUCCGGGCUCCUGGAUCACUUGGGGAAGAUUCACUUCUCCUCUGACGCGGGGCCGCCAACCUCCCUGCCCCUGCGCUCUGCCAGCCCCGUCAAAGCGAGCACGUCGCGCCAGGCGAGCGAGGCGAGCGGCAAGGGGGGCGGCCGCGGGGACGAGGACGAGCUGGCAGGGGCCAAGAGCCGCAUGACCAAGAUGCACUCGCACCCCGGCGCGUGGGCGAGCCCCGCCAGGGAGCGCUCCCUCCCCCGCGGCGAGGGGGACUCCGUGUCGCGCUCGGGCUCCCAGGCGCUGCACCAGCAGCAGCAGCACCACCACCCACACGAACACGAGCCGCCGCAGCACCAGCAGAGCCAACACCAGAGCCAGCACGAGCAUCACCAGCCACAGUACCAUCAGCAGCAGCAGCACCACCACACCCUCCAGCACCACCACACGCGGGGGCAACAGCAGCAGCAGCAGGGUCCUGGGGGCCCCGGGGUGCGGGGGCAGCUGUCCCAGCAGGACACUUGGCCUGGGCCCCUGCGCUACCACAGCACCCUCGACAGGAUCCCGACGAGCGGCAGCGGGAGCGGCCGCCAUCACCAGCGCCAGCAGAGCGCGCUCAGACCCUCGCAGACGACGCUCAGCAAGACCGAGGUGACGGUGUGAACGGCGCUGACCUCGUCUCGUCUGCAAGGCGAAUGCAAGUUGCCCCACGUUCCUGCCGAUGGGCCCCUGCAGUCUCCCACCGUGGCGUGUGCUGUGCGGGUUCGCGUGCGAGCGGCGCGUGCAACGGUGCUGCUGGUGGCCCCACUGCCCCGGCCCCAUGUCCCUGCGGACGAGGGUGUGCGGCCUCACAGUGACCCUGGCUGCCCUGGUCGCUCCCCGCAGAGCCCCGCGCGGAGCAGAGGUUGUGGAUUGCCAUGGAGCGCGGCGUGUGUCCCCGGGUUGUGUGUCGUGAUUCGUACACAGUUUACAUGUUCGGGUCGUGGUUCGGAUGAGCGGGGUGUGUGCGGCGACGUGUGUCGCGCGUUCUUCGCGACCUUGUUCAUCUUUGUCGAGGGAACGAUCGGCGGAACGAAACACCUGGGGGCCACCGUGGCAACCCCGGGCCGAACCCACGAGGCCGGUCCGCGGGCCGCACCGUCGGUCGUGGACGCGCGCUGCGUUGUGCAGGAUGCAUCUCUGGGCCCUGCAGGGGCGGCACGUGCCCAACUAGCCCAGGCCACAAUCACAGCCAGCACUGGAUUUUAAUCACACGCGUCGUCUUUGGUGGCAAAGAAGAAAAGUUGAUGUUACCGUGAAUUUCUCCGAGAUCGUCAUCGUUUUAUAUCCAUCGCUCGCGUGCGUCCGAUUCAACCGCUUGUCCUUUUUGGACAAUGGUGAGAAGGAGCUUCUAGCGGAGGCCGCUCUCCCUAAACGUAAUGAAUCGUGGCACUUGAUGGGGACGCUGCAAUAACAUUAGCAAUAACGCAGCGGCCACACGUCGAUGUUAGCGGCCGAGUGUGCCAGUGGAUUUAUACUCUGUGGGGUUUCCGUCUAUUUUAAGAUUUUCCUCACAUUUCUUGCCUUUUCCAUAAUUCGCUGGAUUUUCCUUUGGCGUUUUCAGUAGUCUGAGUUUCCGACGGCUUUUCCGUCAGUGUAUUAGUUUUCAAUGAGAUAUGUCGGUAUUUAGUUCCAGAGGUUUUUCUAUGAUUUGAAGCUAUCCAUUGAUUUACCGGUCUGGGGAUCCAAUCCCGACACUUUCUGUUCCGGUACCACAUGGAAAUCCUCGAGUCUCGGCCAUAACUGGGCCAUCUGCCCCCACAACCACCGUGUCGUGCAUCUUAAACUUCAAAUCAAGAGGAGGCCGUGCCGAGUGAACUUCACGAGGAGGCUGGAGCAAACCAAGGUGUAGGCCGCAGCCCGGGCAGUGGGCCCUCCAAACCCAACGUGACCAGUAGCGCUCCCCUCUCCAGCCAAAGUCUCCUGCAUGGAGGAGUCGGAGCAACUCUCGCCCCCAUCGUUGGGCUCGCUCUCACAGUGUCAGUUCUCCUCCUUCGCCCGUCCCCGCUUGCCGUAGGCAGGCGCCCCCCUCGGCAGCGCCGAUACAAGGGCUGCUUGUGCACGUGCGGUGGCUGGGGGCCGCCACACGCGCCAUACUCAAUAUUCGGCCCCCCAGGUGUUGCAGGUAUUUUUGUCGAUCAACACGACACGUGACGCCCCAAGCCUGCCCAAUUCACCCGCGUCCACGCAGUGGGGGCCUGGGCCGUGUGGGCCCCUGUGUCGGUGGUAAGCACAGCUGCAUUCCCCACCACUACAACCCAAUCGUUUUUUGACGUUGUAAUGUUAAUAUUAAUAACUCUCGUCUACAAUUCGAAAUGUGCAUGAGCCCUGUGAUUGUGUAAUCAUACAUACAUACGUAAGCUUUUUAUGGAACGCACUCGUAAUGUGUACACGACUUCAGUGGGUAUUUUGUAAGACCGUGUGAUGUCCACGCUUCCAUAUAUUUAUAAUUACAGUCAUACACUAGUGAAAUUACAUGGAAAAUGUUGGGGUUUUUGUCCAUUCCAAGCUAAUACUACUCGCUAAAAACAUUCAAGCCGUGCGUCUGUGUGAACAGCAGGCCCGGCGAGGCAAGCGGACCCCUCUCCGAGCCGUGCCUGGGCCCGACACGGCCGUGGGGAACGCUGGCAAUUUGUCGCUGACCGAUUCGCCUCGGCUGCAGGGUCUAGAGGUGGCGUAAUUUCCAUAAUGGUUACAGAAACAAUUUCUGGCGAGCCGGAAAUGAAGAGGACAGAGGUGCGAGCGGUGUCGAGGCAAAGCACUACGCGUCUCCCGGGUAGCGGAGCGAGACGGUGUGCAAUAUAAUCUCUGGUGUUUUGGUGACUCCACGGGCUGCAUUCUUCCACGGACACACGAGGCAUUAAUACUAAUUAAAAUUCACAAUGCGCAUUACAUCCUAGGAUCCCAAUGUGCACUGCAUGGAAAGCAGGAAAGAAAAAGAACCAGGGCAACGACCAAACUAAAGAGGGAAGACCCCUUUAAAGAGAUGGGGUUUUAAAACAGACUUAAAUAUAUCUAGCGACUUUAAUUUCCUGAUUUCAAGUGGCAAAGCAUUCCAUAGCUUGGGUACCACGCUAACAAAAGCCCGAUCACCAAAAAGAGCACAACCUCGACCUGGGAGUGCUGAGCAGUUGUAGAACAGGAGAUCUUAAGGACCUUGAAGGAAUAUAUAAAUGUGUUAGUUCCGGUAAGUAAUGCAGGGUGAGCCCUUAUAACGCCUUACAGGUUAAUAGCAGUAUCUUAAAAUUCACUCGAAUUUUGACUGAUAGCCAAUGAAAGGAUAAGAGGACUGGUGUAAUGUGCUCACGUUAAUGGUGUGCGUGGUGUGAGCAAUCUAGCAGCUGCAUUCUGAACAAGCUGGAGUCUGCUCAGUGCUUUGCUCGGUAUCCCAGCCAGUGAGGCGUUGCAGUAGUCGAGUCGGGAUAACACAAAAGCAUGGACCAGGCUCUCCAAGUCAGCAGGUGACAGGAAGUGAUGCAUUCUGGUAAUAUUUCUUAGGUGGAAAAAUGAUACUUUAACCAUCUUAGAUAUAUGUACCCCAACGUAUAAUAACUGGUCAAACUGAACACCAAUGUUUCUGACCUUCCGUGUGGGACUGACAUCGUGACCAUCAAUCAACAAAUGAGGCGAACCAAUUUUAGAAAGAUCCAGAGGGGAGCUGAUGAAUAUGGCUUGUCGGCAUUUAGUCGCAAAAGUGUUGGCGUAACCAUGAAUUCACAUCUGCUGGUGAUACAGAUAGCGCAGAAGCUGCUGUUGCAUAGUCUGUUCCUAACCGGAUAUACAUUUGAGUAUCGUCUGCAUAGCAAUGGUAGGAUAAACCAAGAAGUUGGAGUAGAAUACUCAAUGGUGCCAUGUGGAUGCUAAAAAGUGAUGGGCCAAGCUCAGAUCCCUGCGGAACACCACAGAGAAAGGAUCUAAUUGGCGAUUUGAAGCCAUCCCUUGUAACGAGUUAUCUACGAUUAUUGAAGUAAGAGUGGAACCACAGCAAAGCUAUGCCAGAGAUCCCCAUUGAAUCUGCCAGUCGCUCAAGGAGAACCCUGUGAUCAAUGGAGUCAAAUGCCGCACUUAGAUCUAGCAGAAUUAGGAGGCUGACACAGUCUUUAUAUGCUGAAAAAAGUAAAUCAAUGCCCACCCUUACCAGAAAAGUUUCGGUGCUUUGCGCAGGUCUGAACCCCGAUUGAAAGUGGUCAAAUUGAUCGUUUGAGGCCAGCAGAUGCCGAUGUAAAAGAGUGACCAUAGCUCGUUCCAGAAUGUUAGACAUACGUAAGGUUGGAUAUUGGGCGAAAUUUUUCUGGAAGCUCGGGAUCAAGACUCGGCUUUUUAAAAAGUGGGGCGACCGAAGCCAUCUUAAAAUUGUCAGGAACGGUGCUGGUUUUGAGGGACCUGUUGAGAAGGCUGAAGGAAAAUUGCCUCAGAAUAAUGGAAUGGUCCCGUAACAGCUUUGAAGGGAAGGGAUCCAGUGGACAGUUGGUAGGUCGAGAGACGGCAAAUAGAGAGAUGAGUUUCUCAAUUGUGCCCUCGAACUGAGCUGGAGGCAAUUAGGGAAGAGAGAAAACAGACAGAAGAGGCAUUAAUUUGGACCGGACAGAAAGCAGCAGCGGAGGAGUGGGAGAUUACAUUUGCUUCCUUAUUCAAACGUUUACUGACACAGGUAAAUAAGGCCCGAGGAUUGUUAUCACUAUUUGCAAUGCAACCAGCAAUGUCGGAGGAUUUAGCCAAGACACUGUUGUUAUGGUAAGUAUAAAGUUAUUUAAAUAUUUGAUGAUGAAUAGUGAGGCCGGACUUUCUCCAAGCACGUUCUGCUUUACGGACGGUAGUUUUUUGCGAUCUCAAUUUUGCAUUGUACCAUGGCGAAGGACGAUGGGAAGAUAUAAAACGGGUUCAGAGGGGAGCCAAAUGAUCCAGGGUCUCUGACAGAACAGAGUUAUAUAUUUGAGCAGAUUCUUCAACGGGAAGUUCGCACUCAGCUAGUGGAGAACUCGAUAGGACAUCUGUGAGGGAGGCCGGGGUGAUCGAUUUAAUUUUGCGAACUGAAAUUCGAUGUUUAAUAGAAGGACCAGGAAGGGACAAGGAUAUAUCAAAGAGUGGUCUGAGAUUCCUGGAUCCAUGACAGUUCUGAUAGUGAAAGCCCAAGAGAACAAACCAAAUCUAAAGUAUGUCCACCAGAUUGCGUUACCUGUUUGACAUGCUGGAUGAAACCAAAAUAAUCAAGGGUGGCCAAAAAAUGCUAGACAUGAGGUUUGGAUGGUGUAUCAACAUGAAUAUUGAAAUCACCAAUUAUGUUCAGAACGAGCACACACCACCGAGACGAACUCAGAGAACUCUGCAAGGAAUGUGGAAAUUCACCUUGGAGGGUGAUUGAACAAUAUUAGCAAUGCCGGCUGGGUACAAGUUGGCCUCCAAGCUAAUGCGAGGUGUUCAAAUGACUGGAACGUUGGCAAUGGGACAGGUUUUUACAACUGCUGAGUUUUCAUGAAAUAAAGCGAGGCCACUCCACGACCUGAUCGUGGAUUCUCACAAUAAGAGAAGCCAGCGCCUCGACCGCCGUGCCCCCGCAUUGCCUCGUCCCUGGACCUUGCCCCCCCCCCCCACCCCCACCACCACUCGAGUCGAACCUCGGAGUGAGCAAUCUCGGAGGAGCAUCACCACCAGGUCGUUGGGGAGGGGGUAGGGGCGGGGCUCCGUGGUACCCAGCACUGAAGGAGGAGGCGGUUCCCAUGGCGACUGCGCACAGUUGCUAUGCCGCGAGUGGCGGAGUGAAUGGGCGGCGAUUGUAUUGGACGGGAACUGGUUCGGGGUAGACGUGGCGAUAGAGUCUGGGGAAGGGAACGAGUGGUGUGUGUGUGAACACCUGCAGCAGUGUGCUUGUGUACGUCCAUACACACCGCGAUGUGCGCGUGUGUGGGGAGCGGUGGCGCAGUGGUUAGCGCGCUGCUCUACGAACCCGGCGACUCGAGGUUGAUUCACUGCCAACAUCGGUGACAAAUAUCUGAACUGGGCCUGAACCCCCACCAGGUCAACUCGGGCUCAAACGAGAACUUGGUGCGGCGUGUAAACAUCGCCACUCGGGAGACAAAGACGGCACACAGGGUGUGGUGUGCCGUGCCUUCCUCCAUGGGUGCUCGCUAUCAGCACAAUGCAGAGAUCUUUGUCUUAUGGCGAUCAGAGCCUGGGUUGCUUUAUCGCUGUCCCGCGGUUUGCUUCAGAAUAAUAGCAAUGAUGUCGACUUGUAACGCUGCACCGCCGCCGCACAGCGUUCGCUCGUCACUCUGAAAGAGAGGACGACUCAGAGGCUCAAUGAGGAGGGUGAGGAACCACAGAUACGAGCAGCAGCCAAGCUCUGUGGUCCUCUAUAUAUGAAGCUGUCAACAGCCAAGUAAGGGAUGUUUAGAUGUGGAAGAAAACCGGAGCACCCGGAAAAAAUCCCCUCGUGUGAGUGGGCGUCAUUCUACCCUGUACAGAUGGAACGAGUGGAGUCCACACUUUGGCGUGCCGCAUUCCCCUGGCAGAGCCAGGCUGUGGCACCUCAACGCCCACAGGGAAGGGAGUUUCGUGACAUUCGUGUGGUGAUCCACCAACCCUCGCUGCUGUUUCCUCCACAGUGCUGGCCGACAGGCCGCAUGUGGAGGCACCACCGCCUGGCUAAGAUGUUUUCAUUCGGUCGCUGCUGCUGCUGCUUGGCCCCGUGGGUAACGCUGCUCAGAGCCACGCGGGAUCUCGUGUUUCAAGUUUCAUUUGCGUAACCAGGUGGGAGCUCGAGAGACAAGGGGAGAGUCUCAUUUGCAAGAGUGACCUGGGGGUCACCAACACGACCAAAUAAAUAACGUAAAAGUGCAGCAACGACGCGAUUACAAAUCCGAGCAGAGACAACCAAGUAAAAUACAUGGGUAUUGAUCUUGUAGUGUGUGUGUGUAAUAGACGCAUCUGGUGUGAUCGCCCCAUUUCCUCGUGGAUGACCUCUCGAAUGCCGCGUUUCAUUCCUUGGGUGCCGCCCCGUUAUUAUUCUCGACCAUCGCCCUUUCGAGCCAUGGCGCGUCCUGCAGGCCCAACCCACACUUCUGGACGCGUCAUUUAUUUAUUUAUUUGCGCACUGAACA